UUCGCCAUGCAAGUUCUCCUCCAUUCCAUUUCUUCCACAACCAAAAUCCAUUUUCACUUUUCCAGACAAACAAACAUAUUAUUAUUAUUAUUAUUUUUAUUUUUAAUAUCUUCCUAAAACUUAAAACUACAUGCUCGGCGAUUAUGGAGAGAAGCCUCCUCUUUCCACCCGAAAAGACCCGCAGUUUUGCAAGAAAUGCCUCCGACAUCGCCGAUGGCAAAUUAGACUUUUCCCAUCUUUCCCCUGCGGAUUUAGCACCCGACGACCAUCGUAAUCAUAAUCAUGAUCAUGAUCAUGACCAUGACCAUGACCAUGAUCAUGACAAAGAACCUUCCUCUUCCUCCGACUCCAACACCAAUCUCUCUCAAAUCCUCGACGAUGUUGAUCGCUUCUUGGAUGGUUUAUCAGCUGUUCAAAAUGAAUCCGACCCACCCGAUGUUCCAAACUCGGUGGAGUUGCUUUCCCAGAAAAUGGACUCCAUGAUUUCCAAAUACAAUGCUAAUGUUAAAAAAUCCAUGAGGUUUGGUAAAGAUCCUGCUCUCGAUUCUUCAUUUCUUGAAGCAGUGAAACGAAUCUCUCAACUGUCUCAGAAAUUGGCUGAUUUCCCUUCCAAUGCAUCCAUGGCUUCUGCUCUAAAUCGAACCAGUUCCAUUCUUCAACGAGCAAUGUCAUUUAUGGACGAAGAAUUUCGGUUGCUUCUCGAGGAUAACAAAUCCAAUAAAGAAUCUGAUCAUCAUCAUCCUCAGCAUCAGCAUCCCAAUCCCAAUCUCAAAUUUCACAAAACCACCACAAAGCAAUCAUCGUUCAACGGCAAUCACAGUCACAAUCACGAAACAGACCGCUGUAUCUUACCCAACCACAAUCCCGAACCCGACCCGGAAGACGAAUACCCUGGAUUCUCACCCGAAACCAUUUCCAACAUGAACAAAAUCGCGACGGCGAUGAUCUCGGCCGGAUACGAGACGGAAUGCCACAUGGCAUUCAGUGUCUCAAGGCGAACCGCAUUCAGAGGAGCGCUCGAUGAGCUCGGAUUCGACAAUCUCAGCAUCGACGACAUCCACAGAAUGUCUUGGGAAUCUCUCGAAGGAGAAAUAGCCACGUGGAUAGCCGUAGUCAAGCAAUGUUCCACCGUGCUCUUAAACGGAGAACGGAAGCUCUGCGACUCCAUUUUCUCCUGCAACAGCUCCAUGGCCGAGAGCCUUUUCAGCAACCUGGCUCGAGCCGUAGCCAUUCAGAUUCUCAACUUCGCCGAAGCCGUUGUCCUGACGAAACGAAGCGCCGAGAAGCUGUUCAAGAUUCUCGACAUGUACGAAACCCUCCGCGAUCUGAUUCCCGUCAUUCGCGAAUCCUAUCCAGACGGCUCCGUUUCCAACGAGCUCGUUUCGGAAGCCGAGACGGCGACGAGUCGUCUCGGAGAAGUCGCGGUGAGCAUAUUCUGCGAGCUCGUGAAUUCAAUCAAGAACGACAAUGGAAGAACUCCCGUGGCAAGUGGCGCAGUGCAUCCUUUGACGCGUUACGUGGUGAAUUAUCUAAAAUACGCCUGCGAGCUUUACAAAGAGUCGUUGGAACAGGUUUUCCAACAGCACGUGAAAAUGAACGACAAGCACAAAAACGACGUCUUAGCGCAAGAGGAUGAGGAAGACCACAGAGAGAGGGACAAGGACGAUGGUACGUGCAAAGCGUCGUCGUUUGGGCUGCAGUUAUUGUCGGUGAUGGAUCUCCUGGAAGAAAACAUCGAGAUGAAAUCAAAGCUGUAUAGAGAUCCAUCGUUGCGCUUUAUAUUCUUGAUGAACAAUGGGAGAUAUAUAUUGCAGAAGAUCAAAGGGUCGAGCGAGAUACACCAAUUGAUGGGCAACACGUGGUGUAGGAAAAAAUCAUCGGCUCUGAGGGGUUACCAUAAGAACUAUCAAAGAGAAACAUGGGGUAAAGUGUUGCAUUGCAUUAGCCAUGAAGGUAUGAUGGUUAACGGGAAGAUAUCGAAGCCUGUGCUGAAGGAGAGGUUUAAGACUUUCAAUGCCAUGUUCGAUGACAUACACAAGACGCAGAGCACGUGGGUGGUGAGUGAUGAGCAACUUCAGUCGGAGCUUAGAGUUUCGGUAUCGGCGGUGAUGAUUCCGGCGUACAGGUCGUUCUUGGCCAGGUUUAAGCAGAAUUUUGAUUCGGGAAAACAAGCGGAGAAGUACAUCAAGUACCAACCGGAAGAUAUUGAGACCAUGAUUGAUGAUCUGUUUGAUGGAAAUGCUACAUCAAUGGCCAGGAGGAAGACAUGAUCAUGAUAAAGUACAUAUCGUCACCAUGAUCAGAAAACUACAUCAAAAAAUGUAUGUUAAAAGAUAGGAGAUGAGUGAACAUUUCAAGUGUUGGGGUUUUUUCUUCCCUUUUUUUUUUUUUUUUUUUUGGUGUAUAAUUUGUAACUUAUUUGUUGUAUGCAUUUUUUGGCAGCCACAUUUUAACCAUGCACAUGCGAAAGUUUAUUUUCAA